AGGCUUGAAGAUCUGGUAGUGUGGCCGGCACCGCCUGGGUCAACAAGGACCGUCAGUGUUGUAAUGCUCGUGGCGAUUUCUAGGCUGACGCAGGAUCAAUCGUGAGAUGCGCCAGAUACUCUUGUAGUCCAUUUGAGGAAGCCUGAGGCCACUCAAUGCUCCUCUCCUUCGUCACCAAAUCAAGUCAAUGUCUUGUACCUUCAGACAUCGCACCACGAUCUACGUCUUAACAUGACGACGCCAGAGUCAGAGGGGCUGUGGCUUUUUGGUUAUGGCUCGCUGAUCUGGAAGCCUCCUCCGCAUUACGAUCUCCGUGUUCCCGGCUACAUUGAAGGCUACGUUCGCCGCUUUUGGCAGGCUAGCGAAGACCACCGCGGUACACCCGCAGCGCCCGGCCGCGUUGUAACCCUGAUCGACCGGAAACACUGGGAAACUCUAACCGACCACCACGCCCUCGCCCCGCCCAGAGUUUGGGGAGCAGCAUACCGGAUACCGCCCCAGCAUGUCGCCGAGGUGAAGAACUAUCUCGACAUUCGCGAAAUAAACGGGUAUAGUAUCCAAUAUACGCCCUUCACCAAGGCCAGCUCCGCGCAGUCCAACGGUGUCAGCCGGAAGCAGAUCGACUGUCUAGUCUACAUUGGACUUCCAGACAACCCGCAAUUCCUCGGUUCGCAGGAUCCGCAGGCGCUGGCUGAACAUAUCAUUCGCUCUCGAGGCCCCAGUGGCGAAAACAAGGACUAUCUUUACCAGCUGGAAACUGCGUUGAACGAGCUCAGUCCGGAGAGCGGCGAUAAACACAUUACUGAUCUUGCCAGGCGGUGUCGCGAGAUAGAGGCGAGAAUGCAGGCGGAAGGGGUUAACGUUGAGGAGGUGAAGCUACAAAGUCCGGAAGUGAAAGCCGAAGGCGUCAGAGAGGGAGCCGGGAGGCAGGAGGAGACGGAGAAGUAGAUGAUGCCCGCUACUAGCACAAACGAUAGAUGGUAGCCGCUCGAAAGCAAUGCCGCUAAAGCGCCAUGCGACGCUCAGAACGCUUAGACUCGCUCAAAGGACAAUACGUAGCAAAAGACAGCCGUAUCAUGGUCCUCCUUUCGGAGCCUGAUUCCACCUCUUGUAAUUCCUUACCG